AUGUCACUUCCCGAAAGGCCAGGGGCAUCACGGGCCUCGUACGAACAGCGCACUUCCUACCGACAGACUCCCGCGCGACGCAACCGUCCAGCAGAUGUCGAGACGGGAGGAUAUUAUCCUGUCGCAAGGCAGUCUCACUCACGUGCGCAAUCAGGGACAUCUGCAGAUACACUACAGAAUCCUAAUGGGACCACAGAAAAUCUGCCUCUUUCGCCGGCCUUGGAUCAGGAGGGUUUUGGCGCAGAGGCGUCAGGCCUCUCUCGCAAGAGAAGCUUGAUCCGUCCAGAGAGGAACAAGAUUGGCAAAGACCACCCUAACUAUCAUUAUCGGAAGCAUGCUGCAAAAAUGGAUGUCUUGCCGUCAUCGACUGGCAACGACCCAAUCUUGGAGGACUUCGAGGGAACAACGGAGCUUUCAGGAGGACGCAGGACAAUUGACGACGCCUCGGUUGAUUCACCGCCACGAAAGAAGCGCAGCGGAGACGAUGAGAAGUCCAAACCUCGAGAAACUGCCCGCGAACGGAGAAGGAAGUCACAUGGUGGAAAGCUUUCCAAGGGGUCUAAGCGGUCCAAGAAGCAGAAACCUCAAGAGGUCAUUUCACCUCCGAGCAUUUGGAAUGUGUACUGCGCCAUUAUAACCUUCUGGUGUCCCGAUUUCAUUCUCGGCUGUUGUGGGUUCAGAGCAAAGGCACAAAAGAGAGCAUGGCGAGAAAAGAUGGGCCUCAUCAGCAUCAUUUUGUUGAUCAUGGCUUUCGUCGGUUUCCUGACUUUCGGUUUCACUCAGGUAGUUUGUGGCACUGCCAGCACUCGUCUCCAGAUCAAUGACGUCGACACUGGUUACAUGAUCUUUCAUGGUGUUGCCUACGAUCUAACAAAAUCCGGACAUCCAGUCGCGGAGGGCAUUCCCCUCACGGCCGACGACACGCUACCCAACGUUUUGUACGAUUUGUCAGAGAAGCACGGUGGCCAGGAUGGAAGUUUCCUGUUCCAGAAUGUCAACGGAAAGUGCAAGGGCUUGAUCACCCUGACGGAGAACUCGACGAUUCCGACUAAUAGCGACAACGAUUUGGCAUGGUACUUCCCUUGUCGACCUUUCAACCAAGAUGGCUCUUCCUCUCCAAACUACACCGAGUCGUACUACAACGGAUACGCAUGCCACACUACGCAGACAGCCCGAGACGCAUUUUACAUUGACCUCAAAGGAACCGCCGAUGUUUACUUUACAUGGGAGGACAUCAAGAACAGCAGCCGAAACUUGAUGGUUUACUCCGGUAAUGUCCUUGAUCUGGAUCUUCUCCAAUGGCUUGACGAAGAUCAAGUUGUCGUCCCUGACCGUUUCAAAGAGCUGAGAGACCGAACCACGUCAGGCAAUGCUGCUGUGCAUGGACGCGACAUAACGCGUGCUUUUCAAGGGACGACGGACAAGCAUGUCGCCGAGUGUUUCGAGGAAAUUAUCAAGGUCGGCAGUGUCGACACCGAGACAGUUGGAUGCAUUGCGUCCAAGGUUGUCUUAUAUGUGUCCCUAGUUCUCAUUUUGUCCGUGGUCGUGAUCAAGUUUGUUCUGGCUCUCAUCUUCAACUGGUUCAUCAGCCCGAAGUAUGCCGCUGUGAAAACGUCCCAAUCAGGCAACAAGAAGAAGCGAAACCAGCAAAUCGAGGAAUGGAGUGAAGAUAUCUACCGAGCACCCCCGCGAAUGGCUGGCGAUAUCGGCAGUAGUGUGGCGCCCAGCUCAGAUCGGACUAGCAAGCGAGCAAGUACAUUUCUGCCGACAACAUCUCGCUUCUCGACAGUAUACGGAGUGGACCGACCGCCUCGAAGACCGCAACCCACGACUAUGGGAAGUCAGGCUUCGACUGGGCCUUUGUUGCAUCCUGGCUCCAUGUAUAGGCAGACCAACGACAGCAGCGCCAGCUUCCUUAAUUCAUCAGAUCAGUAUGCGAGCGGUGUCAGUCCUGCUGACGGGUAUGGACCAGCUGGCUUCAUUCACGAUGCUGUAGUGCCGCAGCCGCCUGCAGAUUUCCGUCCAUUCGGCUUCCCUCUGAUUCAUUCGAUAUGCCUUGUUACGGCUUAUUCAGAAGGUGAAGAUGGUCUCCGGACUACUCUUGACUCCAUCGCCACAACCGACUAUCCCAACAGCCACAAGGUGAUCCUCGUUAUUUGCGAUGGUCUUAUCAAGGGCCAUGGUGAAACAAUGACAACUCCCGACAUUGUGCUUGGGAUGAUGAAAGACCACGUUCAACAUCCAGAUGAAGUCGAGGCGUUCUCCUAUGUUGCUGUUGCGAGCGGUGCGAAACGCCACAACAUGGCCAAGAUUUAUGCCGGUUUCUACGACUACGGCGCCAAGUCUCAUGUUUCUAGGGAGAAGCAGCAGCGUGUACCCAUGAUGCUUGUAUCGAAAUGUGGUACUCCUGAUGAAGCAAAGAAUUCCAAGCCAGGAAACCGUGGCAAGCGUGACAGUCAGAUCAUUUUGAUGUCGUUCCUUCAAAAGGUCAUGUUUGAUGAGCGCAUGACUGAACUCGAGUUUGAGAUGUUCAACGGUCUCUGGAAGGUCACCGGCAUCUCGCCUGACUAUUACGAAGCUGUUCUCAUGGUUGAUGCUGACACAAAAGUUUUCCCCGACAGUCUCACUCACAUGCUUUCGGCCAUGGUCAAGGACCCCGAAAUCAUGGGUCUCUGUGGUGAAACCAAGAUCGCCAACAAGAGAGAUAGCUGGGUGACAGCUAUCCAAGUCUUCGAAUACUUCAUCUCGCAUCACUCGGCAAAGGCUUUCGAGUCGGUUUUUGGUGGUGUCACCUGUUUGCCCGGUUGUUUCUGCAUGUAUCGCAUCAAAGCCCCGAAAGGUGCCCAGAACUACUGGGUUCCCAUUCUCGCCAAUCCGGAUAUUGUUGAGCACUACUCUGACAACGUUAUCGAUACACUGCAUCAAAAGAACUUGCUUCUUCUCGGAGAGGAUCGGUACUUAACUACUCUUAUGCUGCGUACAUUCCCAAAGCGUAAGCAGGUUUUUGUUCCGCAGGCUGUUUGUAAAACAACUGUGCCCGACUCGUUCAUGGUACUCCUUUCUCAACGACGAAGAUGGAUCAAUUCAACAGUGCACAACCUUAUGGAGCUUGUGUUUGUCAAGGAUCUCUGCGGUACUUUCUGUUUCAGCAUGCAGUUUGUUGUCUUGGUCGAAUUAAUUGGUACCGUGGUGCUUCCUGCUGCCAUUGCAUUCACGAUAUAUGUUGUUAUCAUCUCGAUCGUCCACUCGCCGCCCCAAAUUAUUCCGUUGGUCCUUUUGGGUCUGAUUCUUGGUCUGCCAGCUGUCCUGAUUAUAUGUACCGCCCACUCGUGGUCCUAUGUCGUCUGGAUGUUCAUCUACCUCUGUUCGCUCCCCAUCUGGAACUUCGUUCUGCCUGUCUAUGCCUUCUGGAAGUUUGAUGAUUUCUCGUGGGGUGAAACCAGAAAGACGGCUGGUGAGAAGACGAAGAAAGCAGGUUUAGAGUAUGAGGGUGAAUUCGAUAGUACCAAGAUUACGAUGAAGCGCUGGGCUGAGUUCGAGCGUGAACGUCGUAUUCGGGAAGGAGUCUGGGCCUCCAAGGAGAACGUGGCUGUAGGCGGUGCGUGGUCAACAGCACCAGAUAUGCCCCGUCACCACCCUUACGAUGAUCAGUAUUACUCUGAUGCAUGA